GCACGCUAGCUGGGGUGUUUUCGCGGCGUAGGUUGGCACUAGGUUCGCUUGAGAGGCGGAGCGAGCAGCAUUCGAGCUCUGGGAGCCCAGUAUGUUGUGUAGAGCGAAAAUAUGAGGUGAAGUCGCUCGCACAGUGUUUAGUGAAUUUUCCCUUAAAAAAAUUCAGUGGUGCAAGAUGUGAUUGUGUGGGUACGAGACGGCGGCAGUGUUUUGUUUUUGCAGUGCGACCAACCAUGAAGUUAAAACGGCUGUGUUGUUUUUUUGUGAAAUAGUGUCCGUGCGCCAAAAAACAACAAUUCCUCAAUGUGGUGUUUAGGGCAAAAUGGUCAGAGAGACUAGACAUUUGUGGGUAGGAAAUUUGCCCGAUAACAUACGAGAAGACCGCAUACGAGAACAUUUCAAACGGUAUGGCCGCGUGCAGAGUGUCAAAUUGUUGUCGAGGGGCGCCAAGGAGGAGGCGGGCGAGGGCGCGAUGGCGUGUACGGUGGCGUUCAUGGACAUCAAAAGUGCGUCCAAAGCCCACAACGCCGAACAUAAAAUCGACGAUAGAACUCUGACCACGGAGUACUACGAACCUGCUGCCAUUCCGUCCGCUGCUUCACCGCAGAACACGCCCUCCUCGUAUUCUACCUCUCCGGGUAGCAACAGAUUUCCCAACGGCCAUGGGUCGACAGAAGAACAUGCGAAUUUCGGCGACCGCUUCUACGAGAGACCCAAUAACAGGGUAACCGAAGGUGAAUUUAUCCGUCGAACGAACUACCAUGAUAAUUGUAGGGGACGCAACAGGGAUCGAAAUUAUAGAAAUGGUCCCUACAAUGCAAUCAUGGAUCGAUCUCAUAGGACACUCAAUAAUACAUGGUCAUCGUAUGACUCGACAAGGUACAAUAGUCAAAAUGAAACAGGGUAUGUAUCGACACCUUCGGAUACCAACGAGAGGCGGUCGUCCGAACAAACAAGUACAAAGAAAAAAACGAAAUCAAGAUCGGGAAGUCGGUCGCCGUCACCUUCGGGGAGCACAUCCAGCAGAUCACCAUCGAGGUCUCGUUCGCGGAGCAGCAGCAGCUCGUCGACGUCGUCCACCUCGCACGACACCUCCUCGAGCAGCGAAAAGCGCCCGGUGGCCAUCCGCGUGAAGAACUUGCCACCGCGCUCUUCGGACACGUCGCUGAAAGACGGCCUUUUCCACGAGUACAAAAAACACGGCAAAGUGACGUGGGUCAAAGUCGUAGGCCAGGGCGCCGAUCGCUACGCGAUCGUCUGCUUCAAAAAGCCCGAAGACGUGGAAAAGGCCCUGGAGGUCAGCUACGAUAAACUGUUCUUCGGGUGCAAAAUCGAAGUGGAGCCCUACCAAGGCUACGAUGUCGAAGACAACGACUUGCGACCCUACGAGGCCGAAAUCGAUGAGUUCCACCCAAAGGCCACGCGGACGCUCUUCAUCGGUAACUUGGAAAAGGACGUUACCGCUUCUGAUCUCAGGAAACACUUCGACCUCUUCGGCGAAAUCAUUGAAAUCGAUAUCAAGAAACAGGGGGCUGUGGGUUCGUACGCGUUCUGUCAAUAUUCGGACAUCGUGAGUGUAGUGAAGGCCAUAAGGGCCAUGGAUGGUGAACAUUUGGGGAAUAAUCGGAUUAAGUUGGGAUUCGGGAAAUCGAUGCCGACGAAUUGUGUGUGGGUUGAUGGAGUGCUCGAUUGCAAUGAGAAGUACCUGAGGAUACAGUUCGAGCAGUUCGGCGCGAUUAGUAAAGUGCACGUGGAUAGGGACAAGGGACAGGCGUUGGUGUUUUAUGAGCAAGUGGUGGGGGCGCAGUUGGCGGUUAAUAAAAUGCGGGGGUUUAGUUUGAAAGGGAAUAAAAUACAAGUGGAUUUUGCCAGUAGGGAAUGUCAGGAAUCCUUCUUCGAACACUUGGAAAAACAAGCAGGCGCGCCCAUGGACAGGACGGGAUUCGAGGAGAGGCGGGAUUCGGUCUCGAGGACUUUCGAUGCCACCACCAACAGAUUUUCAAGAUAUGAGACUCCCACCCGCCCCCGCACCGCCUCGUACAGCAGUCGCUCCAGUGUGGCCCCCAGCCAACCUGCCGCCAUCCCUUCGCCCGGAACUCCGGGAUCUGUAACUCCACGCGGGACCGGUUCGCGUUCCCGCCUCCGGUUUUCCGACUACUACGACCAAACCGGAGAAUACGGCCCGGAACGCCACUUCCGGAACUACGACGAGUUUAGUCAAGGCUCCGGGGCGUCUCAUGAAGACGGCUACGAACACGAAUAUCCCUAUACUAGCCCCUCAAAUGUGGAGACCCUACCACCGAUCGUCAACGACCAUUCCGGCACUCAGUUCGUUCAACCCGAACUAAGAAAUUUACAAAAAGAACGAGUCCAUCUACUUGAACAACUCGAAGAGUGCCCCAGCUCUGGAGACGAGCUCAUAAGUCCGAAAAAACGCCUGAAAUUGGACUUACUCGAAAACUCGGUACCUAGUGAUGUGAUAAUCGAAGCUAAUCGCGAUCACCGGAAAGUGAUGGAAGUGAGGAGGUUGUCCGAUCCGAAUUUGAAACACCAUCGAAGACCAUCAGUGGACAACAAACACCUAGCACACGACCGGUAUCUUCCCCAUGCCAUUUGCAAAAGGAGGAAGACCGCAGGGAGUGACUCCUCAAGGACUCAUCACUACGACCAUUCCGGGUCGGAAAGCGUCGGGGGAUCUCGACCGGGGACUCCCCUAGUCGACGAACGGCCCGAACACUUUCCGAGUGAGCCCCGACGCGUCCCGAGGGAACGCGAAGGCCCCCUCACACUCCCCCUGCCUCGAUUCGCCGCUCAAGUGAUGAAUCGCGGAAGCGUUUCCGUCGCAGGAAUCAAAGGCCAGAAAGACACCAUUCUAUCUAGUCCACCACCCGUUACUAGCCCCCGCAUCUCCAACCCUAAACCACCUAGUCCAGUCCCCGUGCCCCCGCCGGCAUCGCCGCCCCCACGACCGCCAAGUCUGAGCUCAAAUUCGAGCGACAGUAGUGACAUCACCCCACCAAGUCCGUCACUAGACGAACGGAUACGAUCACUGGUCGAAAAAUACGAAAAAUGGUCUGGGAGUCGCGCAUUAAGUGCUGCAGGAGGCGAAGCGUUGGCUAAGUUGGACGCCACAAGGGAAAAGUUCAGGUCGAGGCAUAAGCUACUCGACUUGGACUUGAAAGAAGUCCAACCAAGUGAAAUCGUCAAGUCUGUGAUGGCAAAAAGGAGUGUCUUCGAUGAAGAUUUAAAACGGUUGGAGAACGUGGGGGAGAAAUACGAACCGAAGGAUUUUAGUGCGUUUCCAAGGGUCACGACAAGUGUCCAAAUUUCAAUACCCACAUUACCACCGACAGUACCUACAGCAACCCAGCUACCUAAAACACCCACAAUGCUAUCACCGAGGUCAACUGGUACCAACGUGACGGCGGCCAAAGGUCUCCAGUACCCGUUCCCGAGUCACCCUCCGAGUCUCACCCCCACCACUCCGACGUCAACAGCAGCACCCUCACCGGCGUCGACGACAAGUACAAUAACCAGGGGCACCAACCACGGUGAUACCAGACUGAAACCGUGCGCGAGUGUCGCUAGUGAUAAUCGAACAUCUAGUAAAGUGAAUGUAAAUAGAAGUGGUGUAGUGAUAAAAACUAGUGAAAAGAACAGCGUCAACAUUCCGAGUGAUACAAGUGCGGUGGUGACGACGGCGACGACGACCACGACCCAAACUAGUGUCAAAACAAAACCGAGUGAAAAACCUAGUGACAAAGUCACAAAUCGGAGGGACUCGAGCAGUAGCGGUAGUGAUGUGAAAACGCGACGAAAUAGUGACGCGAAAAAGGAAGACAGUGACGAGAAAGAGCGCUUGGAGAAAGAGAAACAAGAGAAAGAAAGACUUGAAAAGGAGAAACUCGAACGGGAACGACUGGAACGUGAAAGCGAGUUAGAGAAAGAAAGGAAAGAGAAAGAACGUCGCGAAAAAGAAGAGCAGGAAAAGAAGGAACUCGAGGAGAAAGAAAAACGGGAACGGGAAGAAGAGGAACGUUUGGAGAAAGAGCGACAGGAGAAGCUCGAAAAAGAAAAAGAAAAAGAGCGGGAGCGCAAAAAGGAAGAAGAAAAGAAACACAAAGAGGACAAUCACGAGAAACGGAAAGACGACCACAGGCAUCGGGAGAAUCACAGUGAGAGCAAACAUAGAGAUAACAAUCACACCAAAGAGCACGAAUCAAGAAGUAGCCACGAGAAAAACCGACACCACAUUGAAAGAGAUGCCGAAAGGAGAAAGGAAAGCGUCAAGGAAAAUCGCGAUAACAACAUCCACGAAAAGAAAAACUUUGAAAAGGUCGAAAGCAGACACAUGAGUAUCGACUUCGACCGCAACAAAUCCUACGAGAAUAUCGCUAAAAUAGAUCCCAGCAAACGAAAAGAACGUAACAAUAGUUUACCGGCAAACAUCGGGAUUAAAAGGCGCCUCAGUGCUCAUGACUCAGUCGAACAUUUGGAUGAAGUGAAGAAGAUGAAACUGAGUCAAGACCAUAAGAAAUUAUCCGAAAGGCGAGACUCCAAAGACAGCACACGAUCCGACGAAAAAGCCAAGAGUAAACAUAAAAACAACACAAAAGUCUACGACGACAAAGUCAAGCAUAACAACACAAAAGAAAAAGAUCGGGACGAGAGACACAAAAAUAAACAAAAAUUGGAGAAACACAAAAUUAAGAGUAAAAGUCGGGAGAAGGAAUGUCGCGAAUCUCCUACAACACCGAAAAGCCCUGGCAAAGAAUUGUCAGAUAAGGAUUUCCUAGCUCGACUCGACUUACGUUCGAAUGAAGAAGUCGAGAAGCAGAAACAACGCAAAGAGAGUAAAGACAAGAAGAAACUCGAAGAAGACGAGACGAAAAAAUCCGAAACUAAGAAAGACAAACACUUGGAAAAGAGCAAAUCGCGUGAAGACUCGCGCAGUGAAGAUAAAAAAUGUCAAAAGAAAGACCGGACGAGAAAACUGACACAGAAUAGUUCCGACAAUUCCGAUUCCGACGAACCAAAGAAACAUUCAAUUUUUGAUAUUGUGGACGACGAACCGGCGUACAUUUCCAUGUAUGAUAAAGUCAAAGCCCGCAGUUGCAAAAAUAUGCAAAAACAAGAGGAGGAAAAACGCCAGGAGAAGAUUAAGGCCAAGUUUAGUCAGUUGAAGCAAAGUCGAGCCAAACGUGAGGAGAAGAAACGUUCUACUUCGUGGGACGAAGACUCGGAUUCGGAUCGCGAAAGAAGCGAUAAAAUCGAUCACAAAACGAAACGAGGGAACAAAAUGCUGAUCAUGAGUUCGGAUGAGGAUGAGCCGAGGAAGAGUCAUAAGAAACGCGAAAUUUACAGCGAUUCUGACUCAGAAAGGCCGAGGCAAAUCAAGUCUGAGCACAACGAAACCAGCGAGGAUGACCGCGUUAAGAGUAAAUUGCAGCGAAAGGGCUCCAAGUCUCGAAUCACGAGCGAUACGUCUGACGAUGAGUUGAAGAAGAAUCCGAUCAAAUCGGAGAUCUUCUCGGAUAAUGAGGUCGAUCAAGGGUUUGCCGAUUCGGAGGAUAAGCCCUUUGCGAAAGUCAAAGACGAGUUCAAUCGGAUUAUCAAAAAGGCGAGGGAUAAACACCAAGAAACGAUCGUUGAUCAGAUGAAUGCUCAGAUCUUUGGCGAUUCGAGUUCGCCGUUGCUUGACAUAAAAACUGAACGAUUCAAUAAUAGACAUUCAUUCAUUGAGAAUUCUUCGGCUGAUGAAAACAAUGAUAAGAAGGAACGAAUUGAAGUGAGGAAAAAGCAUAAGAAGAAGCAGAAACGCCAAAAACACUCACUGAGCAGCGAAGAAUGUAAUAAACUUGAGACAGUCGUUGAUGGGAUUCUCACAGAAGAGAAGAAGCACCACGAGAAAAAGAAACAGCACAGUAAGAAGGAUAAGAAAAGGGAUAAACCCAAGGAUGAGCGGGACAAGUCGAAAAAAUCGAAGAAGAAUAAGUCUGAUCUCAAAUCUGAUCUUAAACGUGAUGGGAAAAUGGAGAAUAUAUUCGGAUCGUUGUCUGAAGAUUCGGAAAGUGGGGUUAAGGAAUCAGAUGACCACAAACCCAACUUUCUGGACCGAUUUGGGGACACUAAUAUCCAAAGCUCGGUCUAUGCUAGUGACUCUGAUCGCGAACCUGAAAAACUGGAAAAAGAGCGCGAAUCGAAAGAAGAACAUCGCAAACGCAAAGAGAGGAAACGUCGCGAAAAAGAACGAAGGCUUCAAGAAGAAGCUGCUUCCGAGCAAAUCAAUGAAAACAGUAUGGAUUAUGCUGAUAUGGGCAAACAACUAGAGGCGAAUAUCAAGGACGACAGUAUGGAAGAAAUUGAUAAAAAUGAAAUCGAUGCUAGUCACGACACAACUGAUGAUUCCUUCCGUUUUAACGAAAACGAAAUUCAUGAGAAGAAGGAGGAUCGGAAAGAACCACGCGAAAAGAAGAAGAAACGCAAGAAGAGCAAGGAGGAGAAACAGAAACACCACCAUCACCAUCACCACGAUAAGAACAAGGUGAAGACCGAAGUAAAGAAAGAACCGACGACUCCUCCUGAGGAAAUCAAAGUCGAGAGUGAAGAAAGCAAGAGUCUUCCGAAUUUAACAGACCCGACACCGAGUCCUCCUCAAAAUAAAUCAUCAUCCAGUCUCGAUUUCUCCAUAUCUCCGGUACCAAGAGAAGCUUUAAUAAGUCCAAUUCCGAAAACCCCUACUACGUCCAAAGAGAAGAAAAGGGAUAAGCUUAUUCCUGGCUUUGGCACCGAAAUCGAUGAGAAACUGCACGAGAACGCUGUAAAAUCAAUUUCCGAGUUUGAACCACCGAAAGAAGUGGCAAAACAGGUUGAGGAAACCAAACCCGAACCCGCACCUGAAUCAAGUGAAGAAAAACCUCGUGUUGUUAUCUCGCAAGAAGAAACCGAAGAUGCCGUGGCAGCCCUUCUCGGUGAAAGCUUUGGGAGCGGACAAUUCGAUGAAUGUUACAAUGAGGAAGAGAUCAGUUCUACUAAUGACCAAUCCUCGAAUCUUGGUGAAGGCAAUAUAGCUCAAGAUGAUGAAGAAAUGCGACAAGCGGUCCAAAGUUUGAGCGCGAAUGAUAUUGACGUCAAACCUGAAACGCCGCAAAGCGAACACGAAUUGCAAAUUGACACAGACACUGAAGAAGCGGAAGAAACUUCGAAUCGAUUUGACCAACCUCCGAAAACACCGGAAAUUACCGAACAGCCGAAAGCCCCAGAACUACCGUCUUUCUAUCGGCCAGAAACAAAAGCAACACCUAAUAUCGGAAGUCCGCCAUCUUUAACCCCGAUUAAGCCACAAGUUUCGGUCCAAAACGAAAUAAAACGACCCGAGGAACCCAAAGUGUCUCUAAGUUUACCGAUGUUGCCUGAACAGCCGCGAUCAGUAAUUUCGCAAGCUUGGAAUAUUGAAAAGAAGGAUGAUCAGGCCAACCAACCGAAAAUACGUACUUAUGGUAGUCCCCCAAUUGUUAAAAUCACUGAACCGGCAUAUCCGCCGUUGGCAGCACUGACGAAACAGGAACAUCCACAAAUAAGUUCGGCUGAGCCGAUUAAAAUUCAAACCUAUCCAGUGUUGACAAACCAAAAGAUACAAAUGCCCGUCUGCGCGCCCAAAACUAGCACACCUGAUUCACCAAAAGUCACAACAAGCACCAAUCUCUCUCUAAGUCGGCUUCCUAUAACACCUAUCAUGGUUUCGAAACCGUUACAAGCAACCACGGUUUUGUUACCGCAGGCUAAAAUCGCCCACAGUUUAGAGCCCCCAGUUUUAGUUUCGACUUCUGAUCCUCGACCCCAAGAAAGGCCACGAAUGGUUUUCCAAACAACGUCAAAUAUUACUCCCCACUUUCCAAAUAUCGUUCAAAGUCCACCAAGAAUGGUUCGAUCGCUACCACCUCAAGCACUCCUCAUGCCUGCGAGGCAGCUACCACCAACACCAUAUAGUACCAGCAGCCAAAGUAGCGUUCCGAAACCAACCAUAAUAAUGUCAACCAGUCAACUACCCACUUCGAAACCAUUUAUGCCGGUUAUUAAAGAAACACCACCAAAAUUAGUAACGAUACCAGAAAUAAAGGUUACACAGCCUGCUGUUAUUCAACAAACUAAAGAAAUUAAGGAAGAAAAACCACCAGAAACGGAGAUCAGGACAUCAACACCGAGUCCGGUGAUUGUCCAAACACCCAAAGAGCCCGAAAAGAAACCUGAAAUUGAGGAACCUACACCACCACCACCACCAUCGCCACAACAACAACAACAACUAGCCAUAGAAAAAGUUACUGAAGAGUUGAAUUUGACCCUCAAGAAGGAAACCGACGUUAAGGAGGAAGUUGAAACGAAAAAGGAACAAGUUGAAGAGAAGUUAAUUGAGGAAAAAGUCCAAGAAACUCUACCUGAUCUCAAACCAAAACUGGAAACGCUUCCACUCUCUACUGUUAAAGACCAAGAGGAGGAAAAAGCCGACACUGAGAGUGGCAUAAGCGACAUAAGUAAAGAAAGGUCAAGUGCCGAAAUUUUGACCAAUAAGGAUGAUCCUCUCGACAACAAAGAAGAUAGUGAUUAUUGGUCGGCCAAAGAAGUUAAUAUCGACUCAGUCAUCAAGAUUUUAUGUUCCGCUGACGAACUUUCCGACCAUAGCAGCGAAACCGGCAAAGACGAUUGGUUAGACGAAUCCAAAACCGAUGAAAAAUCAGACGAUUCGUCCAAAAAAGAGGAAGUCGGUGACGAAAUGGACGAUAUUACGGAAAAUGACGACAAAGAAACAGCUGGACGUGGCGGCCGCCGAGGAGGUCGGGCCAGAGGCCGAAAAACUCGUGGUGGUAUGCAAAACCGUCGCGGUAAACCCGUCAAAGAAGUGGUUACUACCACUGUUGCUAAACGUGGUGGACGCGGCGGUUGUCGGCAAAAGGGCGAACGAAAAUUAUCAAAAUCUGAGUCUGAUGUUACUUCUGAUGUUUACGAAUUUAGAGAUGACUCUGACGAAAAUAAGGAACGGCCAAGACUGAUUUUGACUAUCAAAUCGCCGGCUGCAGUCAACACUCAAGCUGUAGUCAAGGAAGUUAGUAAAGAUGUUGUUAAGGAGCCGUCACCUAAGCCUGAAACCAAAGAAGAGUUCCUGUCGCCGGUUGCAAACACUAGAAAGUCUAGGAGAUUGCAAGAACGUGACGUUUUGAGGAAUACGGUUGAUGAUACAAUCGAAGAUGUUGUGAGGAAUACGGUGGUCACUAGGUCGAAUCAAAACGCACGAAGGUCAACACGCCAGGCUGUGGUUAAUAAACCUAGCCCCGAAACUCCAAGAAAAUCGCCAAGAGGUGGUCGGAAAAAGGAUAGGAGAGCCUCUGAUCCGUCUGAGGACUCCUCUGAGGAGAAAUCUAAAACCGAUUCGGAGACCAGGUCUGAGAGUGAUUUGACCGAAAUUGAGAAACCUAAAGAAGUGGAGAAAGAGGGAAUUAAAGAACCUCCGCAUGAAGGCCUCAAAGUUAAAAUGUUAAGACGCGUCAAAGGCGAAAUGCAAGAACCGACGAAUUUGAUCGAUCCAGUGACCGGUCUUUUGACUCCAAUGAGAGAAUGUGAAGAAGGCCGUUACAUACCAAUGCUCAAAACAGCCGAAGCUCAACAACAAUCAGUCAUCGCAUCGCCACAACAACCAAAACCUAAACCACAGAGCCUGAAAGCUCACGUCCUAUCAUCACAGGCUGCCAAAGCUGUAGUCUCCCAACAGCAACAACAACAACAACCCCCACCUCAACCCAUUCCCAAAAAGAGUAUCAUUGUGACAAGCCAACCUGUCACAAUCCAACCCCCCUUAUCCAAACCCACCACACCCCUAAGCCAGGCUUUGAACGUGAACGUAUCAAUGCCGACUUACACUGCAGCCCACCUAUCCCCCCGUCACACCGUCGCAGUAAACGUACUCACCAAAGCCCUAACCAAACCCCAACUAUCACCCAAUCAGAUGGCAGCCUUGAAUCAGAAACAAAUGAUGAACCCGAUCCUCACCACACAGUCACAAAUCAUCAACUUGAAACAGCCACCAAUCAAACAACCCGUCAUCAACAAAGCCAAACCAGUUCACCAACAACAAAUGUUGACUGGAUCGGUGGCAAGUCCUCCACUAAACAAAGGCCCAAUGCCAGGCUUGGGGGCUAGUCAGAACAGAAUCGUACAACCACCACACCCCAAGGGGGUGAUGGAGCCCCCGAAGAUCGAUGUGUCGCUAUCGAACGUGAUCCUCGGCCCGAGAUCCAAUCUCUCGCCCCAAAGCCAGCUGAGACACGUACCGAUGCCCGCGUACGAGGCGAGUUUGCAUGGGGAGAGGAAUUUGUAUAAUCGGAGCCGGAGUCCUCCGCCGGCUCACCAAAAUUCACCAUCACCUCAGGGUGAAGCCAUUGCGCAUUUCCCGCCGGGUGCGGUGCCCCUGCGGCCCCCACACGACCUUCCACCCGGCCAUUACAUCCACCCCCAUAUGUACCAACUGAUGCGGCAGCAACCCUACCAUUUAUCUCGCUCGCCUAUGGUAGCCGGCACUUUGGAAAAAUCAGGCGACGGCCAAGAGGGUGAAGAAGCCCCUGUGACAUCACCACCCCUUGAACUGCGCCGCCCUGGCUCAGUCGGCCUGGCCUUGACGGGUCGAACUGCGGCCGUACCCCAUAGCCUCCACUCACCCCAUGACAGAACAACAGAUUCGCCUCAAGUCGGCCAAGUCUACAACGUGCACACUGCGCGAAUGCAACACUACCAUUCCACCGGUCGUUACUACGAACAAACGGCCGAGCCCCCACCUGCCCACCGCCCCCUUACGAGCCACACCUCGCUCACAGCCCUCCCCAACGACCGGUCCAUGUCCCACAUGGCGGCGUUGGGGGCCCCCGAACGCCCCCUCAGCAUGCAACCGGACCGGCCCCUCAGCUCGCACUCGGCUCUGGCGGCUCACAUGGGCCCCUUGGGCACCCCCGAGAGGCCCAUGUCGACCCACUUACCCGCGAUGGGGGCCGGACUCGGAGCCGCCGGGAAUCUCAUGGGGGCUGUGGCCAGACAUGUGGGGGUGGAUGCACCCGCCAGUCAACGCGGCCUGCAAGCUGCGACGCCGCCACACGCCAGUCAAGUGCCACCGCAAGCCGAAAGUCUUUUCAUGCUCUUAAAACAAUAUCCAUGCAUGUGGCAAGGGUUGCUAGCUUUGAAGAAUGAUCAAGCGGCUGUUCAAAUGUAUUUCGUUUCGGGUAAUGAUUCGGUGGCCAAGUGCAGUUUGCCCAAGAAUACAGACGGGUCGACUCCACCCUUGAGGAUUUUCCAAAGGAUGAGGCUGGAGCCGCCUCAGGUUGAGGGAGUCGCCAGAAAAAUGCAGAUGGAGAACGAGCACUGCAUGCUUUUGGCGCUUCCUUGCGGCCACGACCACAUGGACGUACUUAAACAAUCAACGAAUUUGACCAACGGUUUCAUCACUUACUUGCAACAGAAGCAGGCCGCCGGGAUCGUGAACGUGGCCGCCCCGGGAACCACCCAACCUCCGGCUUACGUGGUGCACAUUUUCCCGUCGUGCGACUUCGUGAACGAGAACCUGCGCCGGAUAGCCCCCAGCCUGCUCGAGCGCGUGGCCGACAUCGCCCACCUACUCAUCGUAAUAACUACAGUGUGAUAGCAUGAUUGUUUCAGUAUUUCGUUCACUCUGACACUGGAAAUGACUACUUUAACCACAAUGUGUGUCUUACUCUCACCGAUUUUUUUCGCAAAAUCUCGAAAUGUGGACGUUAUCCAAAACUGGAAUUACUUAAAAUAUAUUUAAAAGUUUCACUGUGAUUUCUUGACAAACGUUAUUUACUAUUAUUAAAAAAAUGAUAAAACUAUUAAAAAAACGCUAAAAUUAACUUACUACCUAUUUAAGAAGAUCUCAUAUUGAAUUUAGUUAUACAAUUUUUUCUUGUUUGAAAGAUCUUUAUUUUCGUACGUGUACACGUUCGGGGCAUACUUGCAAUAUUUGCAAGUAUGCCGCGAAAGUUAUUUUAAGUUUGACUUUGGGAUUUUGGUGCUCUAGGUUUAUUUUUUUAUCAUUUUAUUAUCACACGAGCGCGCUCGCCAGCGAGCGCGUUCGUGUGACUCUUAUUUUAAUACUUUCUACUAGAGCGUUUAUAUAGUUUUUGUUAUUAUUUUUUGGGUUUAUUUUGUAGAAAGUAUGGAAAUGAGUUGUGCAACGCAAUCUCAAAGUUUUGUUGCGGCUUCAGCAAGGCUGUACAUUUCAAAUUAAACGUUACCCGUUUGUAGUUUGAAAAUAUGGCUAAUAUAAAUAAACAAAAAAAGUAUAUAGACAUAAUAUAUAAAUAUGUAGCAUAUAUGAUUAUAUGAAGAAAUCAAUCAUUUUUUAAAUUACAAUGUAAUAUAUAUGUGAAUAUAGUUUAAUUUGUUACUUUAAGCUUUUUUUGAGUUAUCGUUAAGAUGUUCUGUACAGUGUACUCUAGGCUGUAAGUAUGAGUUAGCCAGCGUUACAAAAAUAAUAUAGGGAACAUUGUGAUGUCUAUAUAUUACUGUAAAUUUUGUACAUAAACUGUGUAUUGUGAGUAUACAUUAUUAUAACUAUUACAACAAAA